UUUUCAUGCGCAAAGAACUUUAUUAAAAGUAAAAGCUUGAGGCGAAACUAUAAAAAAUAAACUUGUUGUAUUAAUUUUGCGCGUAAGAGUAGUAUGAGUAUGAGUGAUUAUUCUGCAUGACGUCAAGUUGAUCAGUUUAUUUUUGAAGGUUACUUAAUUUUUAUAUUUUGACAGUAUUUAUCAUUGAUACUUAUAUAAAAAUGUCAAACUUAGUGUAGUUAUAUUGAGCUCAAACAUUAACGCAGAUCUUGUACAUCGUGGAGUAUACACCCGAGUAAUAUAAUAAUAAUUAUUUAAAACCAUGGCCACAGGAACAAUAUUACAGAAAGCGAUUGAUUUGGUGACAAAAGCCACUGAGGAAGACAGGAAUAAAAAUUACGACGAAGCUCUCAAGUAUUACGAGCAUGCUGUUGAAUAUUUUCUUCAUUCGAUUAAAUAUGAAGCACAAGGUGAAAGAGCGAAAGAGAGUAUUCGCCAGAAAUGCCAGCAGUAUCUCGACAGAGCUGAAAAGCUAAAGGCAUACUUGAAGAAAGGAAAGAAGAAACCAGUUGCUGCUGGGGAUGAAGGAACUAAGGAGGAGAAAAAAAGUGACAGUGGAGAUAGUGACACUGACAGUGAUCCUGAAAAGAAGAAAUUACAAUCACGUCUUGAGGGAGCUAUUAUUAUCGAGCGACCCAAUGUUAAGUGGAGUGAUGUAGCUGGAUUAGAUCUCGCUAAAGAAGCGCUUAAGGAAGCUGUUAUUUUGCCUAUUAAAUUUCCACAUCUUUUUACUGGUAAACGGAUACCUUGGAAGGGUAUUCUUCUCUUUGGUCCUCCAGGUACUGGUAAAUCAUAUUUAGCUAAAGCAGUAGCAACUGAAGCAAACAAUUCAAAUUUCCUUUCGGUUUCAUCAUCUGAUUUGGUAAGCAAGUGGCUCGGUGAAUCUGAGAAACUUGUUAAAAAUUUAUUCGAACUAGCAAGACAGCGUAAACCAAGUAUUAUAUUUAUUGAUGAAGUUGAUUCACUUUGUUCAUCGCGUUCAGAUAAUGAAUCUGAGUCAGCACGACGAAUUAAAACUGAAUUUUUGGUUCAAAUGCAAGGUGUUGGAAAUGACAAUGAUGGAAUACUAGUUUUGGGAGCUACAAAUAUCCCAUGGGUCUUAGAUGCCGCUAUCAGAAGACGAUUUGAGAAGCGAAUAUACAUAAGCUUACCCGAAGAGCACGCUCGCGCAACUAUGUUCAAACUUCACUUGGGAGACACCCCACACACUCUUACAGAGGACGAUUUCAAGCAGCUAGCAUCUCUCACAGAAGGUUACUCCGGUGCUGACAUCGGAAUAAUCGUAAGAGAUGCUCUAAUGCAACCAGUGAGACUCGUUCAAACUGCAACACACUUUAAACACGUAAGAGGUCCCUCGCCCAAAGAUCGCAAUGUUAUUGUCGAUGACUUGCUUACCCCCUGCUCGCCUGGAGAUCCUGAUGCUAUUGAGAUGAACUGGCUUGAAGUAGAGAGCGAUAAGCUUUGUGAGCCUUUGGUCACAAUGAAAUAUAUGCUUAAGUCUCUAUCAACAACCCGUCCGACAGUCAACGAAGAAGAUAUGGUGAAGUUAGAGAAAUUCAAAGAAGAUUUUGGACAGGAAGGAUAAAAUGAAUAUUUAUUAGACCACUAUGAGGUACUACAUCCUUGCCUUAAUGCUUACACUAAAAGCCGCGUUUUAAAAUCAAUAAAUUAAAUACUUUGUCCAUAAAAUAUGAUAAUUUUAUUUUUUCUACUGUAUUUAACAGCUGGACAUCUCAAUUCAGAUUUAGUGUUUUUAUUACUUUCAUUUAUUUAUAAAUUUUUUUAAUUUUAAGUAUAAUUACAAUAAUGAAUUUAAAAUAGUAAUUUUUAUUGAUUGUACGAUACACUAAUCCAGAAAUGUAAGUAAAUGUAAUAUUAAUUAUAAUAACCAUAAUAUAAUAAUGAUUAAAUAGAUUUAGUGGUUAAUUGACACUUUACCACUUAGUUAUAGUUAUUAUACUAACGGAUUAAAAAAAAUGAAAUGAUUGUAAUGAAAACUUUAUUCUAUUAUACACAACGUCUACCGAAAACAACUAGAGUUAAUUGUUUAAUAUUAAUUAAAUAACUGCUUAUAAAUAAUCUCUAACACAUUGUACACUUUACAUUCAAAAAAUAAAUAUUAGCUUAUGUAAAUUAUUUUAUGAGUAAAUAAAAAUGUUAAACACAAAAA